AUGCAGGCCAAGCAUAAGGAGACACAGUCUCCUUGGCUCAAGGCCUUCGUCAAGUCCGCUGUUGCCGUACCGCUCCCUCUCUUGCCCCAAGCCCUUGCCGACUUCCCUUCCAGAUGGCCGUUCCCGCGCGGUGACCUUUUCCACUGGAUCCCUUUACUCAACAGAUUCGACAAUAUUCUCGAGUGCUUCGUUGCUACCUACAAUCUCGAAAAGGGCCCUCAGACUCAAGAGUUCGCCUCGGACCUCCUACUCAAUAUCCCCGUCGAUCUCGAAUAUGCCGGCGAUGGCGGGGUCUGGACGACGGUUACACUGAAGGAGGCCGGCUUCGGCCCAGCUGGUGAUGAACAGCUUCUUGAGGCCGUUUUAUCCUUCACCCGGAUGCUGCUGGAGAAUUGCGGGAAUCGGAGCAUCUACUCGAGUAGUGCGCAUUUAAAUCACGUUCUGAACACGACGUCCAUGCCUCUCCUCUUGGCCGCAUUGAGGGUUGGGUCAGAGCUUGCUCGUCGAUACCAGGCUUCCCUCAAGCGUUUGGGACGUAACACACCGCAGCAGCAAGUCACUGCCGCCCUUCUUGCCAACCACUACAACAUCGACCUCGACUCAGUCCACCAGCUAGCGAUGCCCUUUGUACGGACUCCCAUUGUUAGCCUAGCGGACACCUUCCCGGCGACUGCGACGCCUGGGUCUUCGUCCAAAGGCAAAGAGAGGGCGCAGCCGACCUCACAUGCGAAGAAUGCGGCGACCAUGUAUGCGAAUGACUUGGUUGCUGUUGCGUCGUCGGAUCCCUCUCAAUGGACCAGCUGGGGUGAUGUUAAGAUUGUCUACUACCCUCAGUCCAAGACCUACGAGAUAUCAUGUGCUACCAUCAAGUCUACCCCUCUCCAUGUUCUCAUGUCACAGGCCCCUCCUGACCUUCCUAAGGCGUCAGGAUAUGAGCUAUUACAUAGACUCCGUGUGGCCAAGGCCCUCGUAGGCUCGAAAGAGGACCGACAGCAAGCAUUGGCUGUGAGGUUAUUGGCCAUCCUCAACCUGAUUAACAUCCAUCCGGAACCUGUUUUCACAGAAAAGGUUCUUCGGCAUGACAUUGAUGAGACCCGCCGUUUUCAGCUCGCCUAUCAACUGGCUGAUCUCAUUCAUCCCACCACCAACGGCUCGGACCCUGUCCCGAUUCCCCUGCAGUCCAUCGCCCUGUCUCUUCUGGAAACGCUAUCCGGUCUGAGCUCUCGGUUCGGGGAUGUUGUAUCCGCCCUCAACGCCACUGUUAACCACGGCAUCCUUCUCUACGUCAUGCGAACGGCCGUUGCGGGGAUGAAAGAGGAUGAAGAACCGGAUGCCAAGAACCGCCUCACAGAUAUCGAUGAGUGGAGAAGCAACCUAUUUUCUCUCGCGUCGCAGCUUACUGCGAAUCCCGGAAUGAAAAUUGGCGGGGAGAUGCUAUCCUCGGGUCUCAUGGACGUACUCGUCGAGAUUCUGGGCCUCCGAUCCAACAUCGCGAUGCGCCAUCAUCCCGCCAUCCUCCAGUUCUUGGACACCCUGAUCUGGACAUAUUCUCAUGGUCUUGAGGCGUUUUUCAGCGCCCACGGUCUCGAUGCCGUUGCCAAGCUGACUGUUACCACCGUUGAAGAGUCUUGUCGUCUGACGGAGGAGGGCAGUGGAACGGGAUCUGACCAUGGCGGGAAUGCUGACAGGCUCCUCCGAAACUUGGCGGACAAGGCGGACUUGUUGCAGAGUUUGCGGAUUGUGAUCGAACAAGCCAAAUGUUUUGGAACCUAUCCCUGGACCAGCGCAAGCACCAUUCUUAGCGACUUCAUCAACAAUGAUCCUACAAGCUUCGCCGCGAUUUCCGAGUCUGGCCUCAUCACCGCUUUCUUGACUGCCGUGACUGGAAAUCCCGUUCCAAGCAUCCAGCAAGAAUCCCAGACCGGCGAAGGCACCCAGGCUACCGAUGCAGACGACCAGCCCGAUAGCCCGGAAUCGACUGAUACCUCGGUCGUGGUGGAUGCCGAUGACCGGCCGCACCCGCCGCCCCAAGAUGCAUUGGAAGCUCCAAGGUCUUCGCCUACCGCUGGCAAGAUUCUGGCCUCGUUCGAAGCCAUUUCCGUGAUUCCUGUUGUCCUCAACGCUAUUUGCUUAAAUAAUUCUGGCUUGAGAAUGGUCGUGGCUUCGAGGGUCUUCGAAAGUUACUUCGAAAUCUUUGAAAGCUCGGCUCAUGUUAAAUGUAUCGACUCCGACUAUGAUUCAGCAAGUGCCCUCGGUCGCCAUUUCGACGAGCUUGCUCGUCAUCACCCCGCUCUACGCUUGCCCAUCGCCAAUGCAGCCAUCGAUAUGGUCGCUCGGGUAUGCCACAUUGGGAAAGACAAGGCGAGGGUUGAUAAGUACGGGGUCAAGCUUCAGGUACUCGACUCUUCCCAGAAGCCUGUUCAAGCCAACAAAGAUAUCGUCGCGGGGCUGCGGGGAGGAGAGGCCAGUUCUGCAACUCAACCUCCUAAAGUCGUGGCGGACGAUUCCGACGUUGACAUGUCGGAUGGGCCCGAGGCGGAGGGCAAAUCCUCAGACGUCGCUAAUGCCUCUUCGGAAGUCGACUCUGAGCUGCCUCCUUUCGAACCUUUUGUCUAUGCCUUGAGCAAUUUUCUGACAACCUAUCUGAGUAACUCGAAUUUGAAGACGGCGUUCAUCAACAAAGGUGGCAUCGAGCUGCUUCUAGACAUUGCCGAGUCCCCAAGCUUACGCGCAUCAAGCCCUGGGACUGACGAUAAGGACCUCAUCGAACCCAUUGCCCCCGAUUCCUCUGGAGGCCCCGUGCCACCCUCGUCUCUAGCUGCUGGAGCGGUCCCUCCGACUGGUAGUGCAGUGAGCGCUACUCCUGGACAGGAGUCCCAACCGGCCACCGAAGCCGGGGCUCAAUCGCAGGGUCCGGACCAGGCAGAGAUGUCUAGCAUCAGGUUCAAGAACUAUGAUACCCUUCGCUUGCUCCUGCACUCAAUGAUGCCGACAGCCUACCCGCUCUUCCAAUCUCUCGGGAAAGCUCUGCUUCCAAGGCGCGAUCGAGGCGGCUUCUCGCGGCCGAGGCAUCUCGAUAUCGCCAAAGCCUUGGCCGAGUCUGUGCUAGACUACCUUGAACCCUCCGUGAAUACACCCGAGCCCACAUCCAAGGACUACCACUACUGGAUCAUUAUGAUGCACACGAUUCACGAGAUGCUCAUCGAUACCUCGCGCCCUACCGAGCGCACCGCUGUCCAACUUGUGAUGCCCGUUCUGCUGGCCUUUAAAGAGCGUGACGGCUUCGGCGUGCUCAACACCAUGUUCCGAGCCUUCAUUCGACAAAUUAAUACGGACAACGCGGAUGGUAGCGAGGAUUCUACCAAAUCCAAGGUUGCCUCGUUUGGCAUGAAGAAGAUUCUCGAUCUCUAUGUCCUGAUUGCGAACGGAAGGCACGUCACUGAAUCUGCUAACCAGUAUAACCUGCAACUCCGUGCGGACCGUGUUCGCGACUCGCCCUUUACUCAGCAACUCGUCGUGGAGCUUCGCCUUCUGGUUCUCCCCGUCAUUGACGAGCUGUGGCAAUCUGAGCUCGUGGAGACUGUGUCUGAUCAGACUCUUGUGCUCGUUGUUGAGAUCCUCAACCUUGUCUCCACGGCGGAAUUUGAACCAUCUCCCCGAAAUGCCGACAAGGUGCAAACCUCCAUCUUCAAGGCCACGCGUGAAGCCUUUGACUGGUCCAAUGUCUCUCGUGAGCUAACCUCGCUUGUGGAAGCUGGGUAUCCGGAAGAUCUGGCUACCGAAGCAUUGUAUCGUGCCAACGGCAACGCUGACGCUGCCGGCGAGUACUGCAAGGCUCACCAGGCAGGUGUAGCGGGCCCGCGAAACCCCAUCCCUGCAGGCGAUGCCUACACGCCAACCCCCAGGGAGAACCGUCCGAAUGCGGACGCUUCGACGUCGGAAUCCAUGUCUAUUGAUUACGCACUCCAGCUAGACAAUGCCGCCGCCCUGGCUGGCGUGGAGCCUGUGGAAGAGGAAGAGGAAGAAGACGAUGACGACGAUGAUGACGAUGACUCUUCUCAAGCCACUGAAGAUAACGACGAUGCUGGUGCCGGGGAAUCUGCUUCUCGCUCUAAUGAAGUUUCAGGCUCCACGGAUAACGCCGUGAAUGCUCCCUCUGAAGACAAGCCACAGGAAGAGCAAAGCAAUCCAAAGUCAGAGCUGGAUGAUCUUCGUGCCAAUCUCCGAGACGGCCUCGUUGAUAAAUCCCUUGACGUUCUGCGGGCUCAUCCCAACUCUGCCAUUGAGCUUUCAGAGUUGAUCAAAUCAAUGGUCCUUACCAAAGAUACCAACGAUGAUGUUAGGGAGGAGGUUGGCGCUACUCUAGCUAAUGCGCUCUCGUCUCUGGUGCCUGAUGGCGAUGAACAAGCUGCCGACAGCCGGAGCAUUGCCUCCUAUGCUCAUCUCUUUGCUCUCCUGCUCCAAGAGAAGCACUUCUUCCGGUGCAACGUUGAUACCUUGCGCGGUAAGGUUGACGAGUACUUGAGGUUUUUGCAAGUCUCCCCAACACCCUCAAAUGAAGAGCUGCCCGCUUGGAUCCCAUAUAUCCUCCUAGUCCUCGAGACCCUUUUGCAGCACGAUGCCCAGCCCCGAGAGUGCAAGUGGACGCCUCCCAAAACGGAGGACGAACCCAUUACGCCACCAGUCUUCACCGCCCGCGAGGCCAUUGUCACCGCCGAGUCUCGCAAGGAGAUUCUCGACGCCGUUCUCGAUAUCCUACCACGCAUCGGCAAAGACGAGGUCCUUGCUACUGCGUCCCUCAGGGUCCUCGUCCUCCUUUCCCGAGAGACCGCCGUGGCGAAGCAGCUUGGCGAGAAGAAAAAUUUGCAGAGGUUGUUCGUUAUGGUCAAGCAACUCUCCGUACUAGGCGCGGAUAGGUUAAAUCGCUCCAGGAUUAACUCGUGGAUCAUGGUUAUUUUGCGACAUAUUGUUGAAGACGAGGACACCACUCGUCAGAUUUUCAAAGCGGAGAUCAAGAACCAAGUUGAAAGCUCUCAGCGAGGUCAGCGUCGUGCGGAUGUCGCCAGCUACGUUUCCCACCUCGCUAGCACGGCGUUGCGUGCGCCAGACCUCUUUGUCGAGACGACUGUUGACAUGCUUAAGCUUGACCAGUGGGUACCGCCAGAGCUGACCGCCCCUCGCAACGGGCCGACCCUAGUUUUGAAGAGUGCAUCGACUACUUCUAGCUCUUCAGAUUCCGAUGGCUCGGAUAGCGAGAAGGAAAGCAAGGCUUCCUCGGGGACCGCCCCUGAAGAUGACAUCAAGCCGUCUACCGAGGCUGGUGACAAGGAGAUGACAGAUGCGCCCAAGGAAUCCAAGUUACCUAUCGUCGAGAACCCUGACGGUGUAGUUCACUUCCUCCUUUGCGAACUCAUUAAUUACCGCGAAGUCGAGGAUAAAGACGCGACUGUGCCACCGAUGAAGGACCUCAAGGCGACCGCUCCUAGCGAGACACCGCCCACAGCCGAAAGUGCCCCCUCCCCGGCGGCCACUGAUGACGGCGCGGGCGGCGCGGAGGGCAAGGAUAGCAAGCCUCAAAAGCCAAUUUUUAAGUCUGAAGAGCAUCCCAUCUUCGUUUAUCGCUGCUUCCUCCUCAACUCCCUUGCAGAGCUCCUUCAAAGCUACAACCGUACAAAGAUUGAGUUUAUCAAUUUUAGGAGAAGCGCCCCCUUGCUCGGCAACACGCCGGUCCGCCCUCGCUCUUUUAUCCUCAAUUACCUCAUUGACCUCCUAUGUCAAGACAGCCUCAGCGCUCCUACCGACGGCCUCGCAGCCAAGAAGAAGCUCGCGACGGCCAGCCGCGCUCAAAGCGUCCUUGUCGCGCUUGUCAACAAGACUGGAGAGAAACCCCUCGAGCGAAGUAGGGAUCGGUUUGAGUAUGAAGAUGACCCGGACUUGCUCUUUGUGCGUAAAUUCGUGCUCGACACGAUCCUAAAAGCAUACGAGCGAACCUCAACCCCCGACGAAUCUCUCGAUUCCCGAUAUGCUCGCAUGCAGUCCCUUGCCGAGUUGAUGUGCCACAUCAUUGGCGACAGGGACAAGGAACACGGCCCCCACGCCAAAAUGAGGUGCUGA